AAGCAUUCUACAGCCUAGUGGUGUGUGUGUAGACUACGUGUAGAGUAUAGGCAGUUUACUCUAUAACUAUUUCCAAAUAUCGGCAGAAUACAUGACAUGGCAUCGCGAGUACGGUAAUUAUGGCAGCGGUUCACCGUUAUCCUUCCAUUCCACUCCCGGGUUCUUUCUUUUUUCCGUUCUUUUUUUACCCAGCGGGACGUACGCAGCGCGAACCACGGGGCGGGUACGGUACAUUCAUGACGCUCGCCCACCCAGCGUUGCCCACCCAGCGUCGACUCUCACUCUCUACCUAUGGUGCGGCCUACCUAUCCAGCUGCGGGGUUUCGUGUUUCGUGUUUCGGGUUUCGGGGCUGUCGAUCGGCGGCGUGUAGUUCCUCUAGAGUAUUGUAGAGUACACUGUAGGGCGUUGCCGCAGGCCCGCAGCGCCUGGGCGGAGGAGGCGUUUUGUUUCAGAGCUCGGGUACCGGGGAGUACUGCGUGGCCUGCGUGGCUUGCCAGGUGGCUUGGGUGGCUUGCGGGAGGGGGGCCCGGGGCGGGAGAUCGAAAUACAUCAUACAUACUGUACAUGCAUUGCCGGUAUUCGUGGACGAUGCGCGGGAGUCGUUGGGACUCGGGGAUUCGGAGGUGAGGAAUCGUGUAUUGUGUCGUGGGAGGAUGGUCGGCGGCAUAUCUACCGUACUUACUGAGCUACUAAGCAGCCUGAAUGUGCGGGAAUUCAGACAGCAAAUUCCCCCGAUCCUCGUUGCCUGCAACUUCCCGCUUCAUUGCUCUCGUGGUCUCGUUAUGAUUCGCCGUUUGGCCAGUGAGCCUUGAGGGGACUCGGGAGCACUGAACUUUGAACUUUGAACUUUGAACUUUGAA